AUGGCCUGCCUCCAACGAUACGAUAACUUGAGAAGGCAAUACAAAAUUAAAGGUAACAUCGGCCACGGUGCAUUCGGGUGUGUAAAACUAGCUCGGCAUCGCUUCACAGGCACCCCGGUGGCAAUAAAGUCCAUGGAGAAUGUGAAGAGGCAUAUUCGAAUGAUCGCAGCAGAGAUGGCGACAUUGCAAUCAUUACAUCACCCGCAUAUCAUUCGCCUGUUUCAGAUCAUAAUGACCCAGAAACAUUCUUACUUUGUCACUGAAUAUGCUCCAGGAGGAAACCUGGCCCAGCUGGUAAAGAAAGAUGGCAGGCUGCCGGAGGAAAAGGCCCAGAAACUAUUUGGUCAGAUGGUGUCGGCCAUCAAGUAUUGUCAUCAUAUAGAUAUCGUACACCGAGACCUAAAGCCCCAGAACAUCCUUCUUGAUGCAGAGGGUAACGUGAAGGUGGCCGACUUCGGUCUUGCCAGAAGAUGUCGAACUGGAACUGUGCUGCAGGGAAGAUGCGGCACUAGCAUCUUCAAUGCACCGGAACUGGUACUGAGAGAAGGCUACGAUGGGAAGAAGGCAGAUGUGUGGAGUCUGGGCGUGGUGCUCUACUUUAUCACCAUUGGGUACCACCCCUUCAAAGGAAGAAGCCUGAAAGACACCGAGGGGAAUAUCACCCGAGGAAGCUAUGAGAUCCCAUCCCAUGUCUCGGGGCAACUUGAAAACCUAAUUCACCAAAUGCUUACGGUUGCUCCAGAGAAGAGGCCCUCCAUUGAAGACAUUGAACAACAUCCAUGGGUCAUGAAAUGUGAAGAAAACAUCCCACAUGACACUUACCCAGAUCCCAAAGUACUAGACAUCCUCGGUGACCUUGGGUUUGAUGUCAAUGUCAUCUUGGAGUCUCUUCGAAAGAAAAAAUAUGAUGAAAUAAUGGGGCUAUACCUUAUUAUCAAAGAGCAGGUACGCAAGGGAAUUGCGAUUGACUGCAACUCCUUUCCCAAGCUUCCAGACCCUGACCCUACUCCUCCCGCAUCACCAGCAGUAAAUUUUGUUAAACGAAGAGCCAGUGAACCCAUCUUUGACUUGUUCCAAAGUCAGACUACACCACAGCACCAGCAUGAUAUCCUGACACUACUAGAUCAGAAAUUGGCCAGAAGUGCCUCCCUGCCUCAAUGUCUCCAGAAGAAGAUUCCCCCUUGUAGCCAUGACCCAAGUCUAUGCAGAACUGACAUUGCCCUAAGUAUCGGCAGCAGCAUACCGGAAAUGAAAAUGUCCCUGCCACUGCCACCUGAGCCGGAUAAUGACAUGGAAGAAACAUCUUCCUCUGGGAACAUUCAGUGCUUCGAGAGACUGCACGAGAGAAUCAGGACAUGCCUGUCAAAACUGUGUUGUUGUUUCCCAAGGAGUUCGACUCAAACCCCACCCAUGUUCACCAAGAGAUUGGCUCCCGAUAAAGAGGCAGGAAGCAGGGUCCAAUGA